AUGGCCUUUGCAAAAGCCCGAGAAGAGAUCUUCGCAGCUCACAACGAGGAUCCCAACAAAAUCACCAUCAACGGCAAAGAGGUGCCUUACGAAACGCAUUACGCGGAGAAGAUGGAAGCCUUCCUCAGCAAACGUGAUGCCAACGGCUCAGACGUCCUUAGACUGGCAGUUGCCGCGCAGCAUUUCCGGCGCUGGGAGAUUCCACGCUCGUCGUAUCCCAUGACCAAGGUCGGCUAUCAUGCCUGGCGCACCGCGCAGAAGAAGCGGCACGCGGAGCUUCUCGGCCAGAUUCUAGAGAAGUACUACCCCGAAGAAGACGUGAAGCGCUGCAUGGCUCUCGUGCAGAAAGAAGGGCUCAAGCAGGGCGAGGAGGAAGUCCAGGUGCUCGAAGACGUGGCAUGUCUCGUCUUUCUAGACGAUCAAUUCGACGAAUUCAAGGAGAAGCACGAUGCCGACAAGAUUGUGAAUAUCCUCCGCAAGACGUGGGGCAAGAUGUCUCCCAAAGGACACGAAAUGGCACUGCAGAUUCCCAUGACGGAUGAAUGCAAAGACCUUGUGCAGAAGGCGCUCAAUGGCUGA